AAAUCUCUAUUCACGUGGGCGUCUUUUUCAAUACGUAUAGCAAGUGUCUAUAGUUUCUCUACACAUAGUGAAAAAUUAGAUCAGAUUAUUGAAGAUUUAGUAGGAACUUUGAGUUUUGUCAUGCCACCUAAACCGAAGAAAAGUAGGGGAAGUAGUUCUCGUGAAAGAGAAGUGAAAGAAAAUGAGAUUGACGUUGAAUCAAACUCAAAUUCUGGUUAUUCUGAUUGUGAAGCUUUGUUAAAUGAGGAAGAAUCAUGUGCCAACUCUUCUAAAGGUGCUGCUUCAAGUCAGUCCUCGAGCUAUAAAAUUACACUUCCUGCCAAGUACUUUCAAUUUGUUCAUGACCAGAAGAGCGGAAGGGGAUUUAAAGUGAAAUGCAUGUUGUGCCACCUGAAUAAGACCAAGUAUGACAAAUUUGGAAAACCUGAGUACUUGUCAAUUACCAACAACUCAGUGUACAAUGCAAGAAGACAUAUUACGGGCAAACACCCGACAUAUCUAUCUGAUUUCAACACUUUAUGUAAAGAAAAAGUUGCUGAAUCCCAAGCUGGCAAUGACAAAAGGAGUAAAGUGAAACAAACAAAACUUGAUAAUCACAUCAUGAACUCAAGCUCUCCUAAAAUUUAAACAAAUCAGCUCGCAAGAACAACUUGAUGAAGCAAUUUUGAAUCAUAUUAUAGUGGAUCUGUUGCCAUUCAGUGAAAUACAAAAGGAGGGGUUUCAAGAGCUAGUAGGUGGAUUGAUAGGCCCGCUUGUCCUGAAAAGUCGGCGUUCAAUGGCAAGGCUUCUGAGCAAGAAAUAUGAAUUGAACAAACAAAUUCUUAUUGCUGAACUGGAAAACGUCGAACAUGUUUCAACUACUGCUGACUGCUGGACAUCUCAUCGUCGCAGCUUUCUCGGAAUGACUGCCCAUUGGCAUGGCGAAGGAAAAAACUCAAAAGAUAUUAUUCGUCGCAGUGCGUGUCUUGGGGUUCGACGCGUUUAUGGAUCUCACACGUACAACGUUCUGGCUAGGGCGAUGGCAGAUAUGCAUGCUGAAUUUAAAAUUACUUCCAAAGUCAACUGUACGAUUACCGAUAACGGGUCUAAUUUUUUGAAGGCAUUCAAGAUGUUUUCAUUAAAAGAAAAUGAAGGCCGUCCACCACGAGGUUCCUCUAAUGUAGAUAAUGAAGAGGAGGUAGACGACUAUCUUGACGAUGACGACGAAGAAGACGACGUAGUUUACGUUGACAUAGGAGAAAUUUUGGAUAGUCAUUAUAAUGAAGCUCGUCUGUCUUUGGAAAUUGAAGAGAGAAAUGGCGCUACUGAACAAUUGCCUCGAAGUGAAAAAGAAGGAACUCUAAACGCUACUCUAAAUAAUGAAGAUUCUGAUUCUGACAAUGACAUUUGCAACAUUGUUGCCCACAUUCAUCUUCCUCGUCAUUUCCGAUGUACGUGCCAUUCAUUGAAUCUCAUUGCAACAACCGACGUUAAAAACAUAGACCAGCGGCAAUUCAAUAAAUUAAAGAACAAUUUGGAUAAAAAGUUGUCGGCCAUCUGGAACAAACAGAGUCGGAGCUCACUGGCUUCCGACUACAUAAAGGAUAAACUGGGUGAACUAUUCAUUAUUCAUAACGCCACACGAUGGAACAGCUAUUAUAAUUCUUUGUGCAAAGUUAACUAUUUUCAAUCGAAAAAACCGGAAGAGUUUAAUGCUAUAAUGGAUCACUUCAAACUGAAAAAAUUGACGGUUGCAGAACAGGAAUUUCUUAAAGAAUUCAUCAAAAUAAUGAAGCCCAUAGCUGACGCCUUGGAUGUAUUCCAAAAUGAAGAAAAGAUGUCCGUCGGAUGCGUUUUGCCUGUGUUGACGGUGUUAAAGGAAAAACUUGUGAUUUUCAAAGAUAACCGAAGUGUCAUUCAUUGCGUUCCGCUGGUCAACUGUCUAUUGGAAGGGGUUGAAAGAAGAUUCAGUUCCUUGUUUACCGAUACGAACAUGAUUCUUGCGGCCAUUAGUGAUCCACAUUUCAAGUUAUCGUGGAUUUCAGAGGGUGAGAAGUCAACCGCUAUCGAUCUUCUCAAAAAAGAAGUAGAUCGGCGUACAAGUGCAUCCGUUGAUGCGCAUGAAAGCAGCCUUGAUGAGGCCAGUCUAAGCGACGGCUCACCGACAAGAAAGAGAAAAAGAAAUCGGUUUUUGGAUGGCCUAAGAAAGAAAGUGACUACUGAAAUUGGCGAAGUAGAUAGGUUCUUUCAUGAAACCGUCCCCGGUUCUCUUAAAGACCUUGAUCGUUUUCCGACAAUUAAACAGAUAUUUCUAGAAUACAACAGCGCCCUUCCAUCCUCAGCUGCUUGUGAACGUCUUUUCAGCACUGCGGGACUCAUUUUUGUCCCAAAACGUUCAAAUUUAUCGGACAGUAAUUUCGACAAACUUGUGUUUUUAAAACAAAAUGGAACAUGUUUUCGAAACUGGCAACUUUGCCCGUCAAAAACUAGCUAAUAGCUAGCAAGUAGAACUCUUUAAACUUUUUUAAGUGUAGGAAUUAGGAUAUUGUAAUACCUUUAACCUACUGUGAUCGCUUUUAAGAGGAGUAAGAGGAGAAAAUACAAGUUUUUGACAGAGAU